GAGCCGAAUCACAAUUCAUUGCAAAUUGAAGUGUUUGUGACAGUAUUGCUAAAUUUGGCCUCAAAAUCAUUUACGCAUUGUUUUUCAGCAAUUGCUAAAUAUCAUUCGGCAUUUAUGGCGCUCAAGACCUCAGAAGAAGCGCAGAUCUCUAUUUUGAGUACAAUUUUUGAAGUUUGGAGAAAACAUCAACAGUUAUUGGUUAUUCUCAUCAGUAAAUUAUUGAAAUCAGAAGUGAUUGAAUGCUCUUCUGUUGCCAAUUGGCUCUUCUCUAAAGAGAAUUCAUCGGAAUUUAUGAAAUCAUACAUUUGGGAAAUUCUAAACCAAACCAUACAAAAGUCUAUAAGAAGUGUUGAAUCACUUGAAAAAGAAUUGGAAGAAUCGAAAGAAAAAUUACGAAAGAAAUGUGAAUCACAGGGAAAGAGCUUUAAGAGUCAUUGGUUUCGCUGGACUAUCGGACGACUCCAACAGGUCUUCUUUGAGCAUCACAACCAUGUCUUCAAAUAUCUGUCAACAUUCGAGACCCUAUUAUUUACGGCUGAUUUGGAUCAACACAUUCUUCUCAUAUUCAAACAGUUCUGCGCUCUUAGGAAUUGA